CGAAGGAAAAUGUCCUUUCAUCUCCCAUAAAAUUACGAUAAUGUCAUCCGAAAAUAAAUUUGCCCAAAUAGAUGCUUAAUGGACUAAUCAUCGGUGCAGCAUAGGAUCGAUAGACUUCAUUAUCGGUGGAGAAUAGCCUCGGCCCGAAUUCGUGAUCUGCAGCCUCCAUAAUCGAAAGAUAAUCGCAUUUUGGAAAAAUCGCCCGAAAUCUUUAAUGGUACCCCUUUAUAAUCUGCCAAAAAUUUACCCGAAAGAAAUCCACCCAAUUCGGUGCUUAAUGGACUUAAUCAUCGUUUAAGAAUUGUUGCAGGCUGUAUCCGUGAUCUGUAACCUUCAAAAUCCAAGGAAUAUGUCCUUUCGUCGCCCAAAAAUUUACGAAAAUGUCAUCCGAAAAUAAAUUUGCCCAAAUAGAUGCUUAAUGGAUUAAUCAUCGGUGCAAAAUAGGAUCAAUAGACUUCAUUAUCGGUGGAGAAUAGCCUCGGCUAGAAUUCGUGAUUUGCAAUCUCCAUAAUCGAAAGAUAAUCGCAUUUCGGAAAAAUCACCCGAAUUAUGCAAUGGUACCCUUUGGAAUCUGCCAAAAAUGGACCCGCAAGAAAUCCGCCCAAUUCGGUGCUUAAUGGACUUAUUCAUCGUUUAAUAAUUGCCUCAGGUCGUAUCCGUGAUAUGUAACCUUCAAAAUCCAUGGAAAAUUAUCUUUUGUCGCCCAAAAAAUUACGAAAAUGUCAUCCGAAAAUAAAUUGGACCAAAUAGAUGCUUAAUCAACUAAUCAUAGGUGCAAAAUAGGAUCAAUAGACUUCAUUAUCGGUGGAGAAUAGGCUCGGCAUGAAUUCGUGAUAUACAGCCUCCAUAAUCGAAAGAUAAUUGCAUUUUGGAAAAAUCGCCCGAAAUCUGUAAUGGUACCCCUUUGGAAUUUGCCAAAAAUGGACCCGAAAGAAAUCCGCCCAAUUCGGUGCUUAAUGGACUUAAUCAUCUUUUAAGAAUAGCCUCAGGCCGUAUCCGUGAUCAGUAGCUUUCAAAAUCUAAGGAAAAUGUCAUUUCGUCGCCCAAAAAUUACGUAAAUGUCAUUCGAAAAUAAAUUGGCCCAAAUAGGUGCUUAAUAGACUAAUCAUCACUGGAGAAUAGGAUCAAUAGACUUCAUUAUCGGUGGAGAAUAGUCUCGGCCUGAAUUCGUGAUCUGUAGCCUUCAAAAUCCGAGAAAAAUUGUUAAAAAUUAUGAAAAAAUACGCUCAAAUCAAUUAUUAAUAAAUUUUAUCAUCGGUGAAGUAUAGUCUCAGGCCGAAUCUGUGAUAUGUAGCUUUUAAAAUCGAAGGAAAAUUGUCUAUUUGAACGUUCAAUUCUAUUUGAACACAAAACUCAAUCUUUACCAAGCAUGAGAAUUUUAACAGGAUUUUCCUUGAAAUUUAACAAUCGUUUGUAUUAAAAAUUCCUUUUUGAAGCUCACAAUAUGCUUCCUUACAAAGCCACAACAUUUUCCUCCCCCCAAAUCUCAAUCCUAACCGAUGAAGAGGGAAGAAAUCGACUUGUAUUCCUUAACCAGUCAUUUCUUCCCCUCUCAUAAUUUGUUCAUCUAUCAAACAAACUAUCCGAAGCAUCGACCAUGGAAUUCGAAUCCACCUGGAAAAAUGAAACAGUUUGUUACACUCUCCCACCGCUAAUCAAUGCAGAAAAUUUUGGAGAUGAAAUCAGCAUCGUGGAAGAUGUGUUUUCAGCUUCGUUGUCGCUCCUCAACAUCCAAAUCUUCCUCAUCUACGUUAUAAGCAACUCCCUAAAUUACAUUCUCAAGCGUUUCAGCAUUCCUUCCUUCGUGUCUCAGCUCCUGACUGGUAUCAUCCUGGGGCCGACCUUCCUCAGAAAGAACGAUUUUUUCAAGAACCAGUUGUUCCCACGACGCUCACACGAAGCCCUAGACGUGGUCGGCAUGACCGGAUACAUCACCUUCAUGUUCCUAUCGGCAGUAAAAAUGGACGUGGCGAUGGUGAUCCGGUCCGGUAAAAAAGUGAUGACCAUUGGGCUAGCCUCCACGAUCAUCCCUUUCGCCGUCGGCCUGCUCUUCCAGCGGCAGCAAAUCGCCGAAGCAGACGACAAACUCACCGUAAACAGCAUCGUCGGGAUCACCAGCAUCCAGUCCCUCACCUUCUUCCCCGUCGUCUCCCAGGUCCUUGAGGAGCUCAAGCUGACCAACUCCGAGAUCGGCCGGCUGGCCCUCUCCUCGUCGCUCGUCUCCGGCCUGUUGGGCGCCCUCAUCGACCUCGUCGGGAAGGCCUUCUCCAUGCACCUCGAGGUCGCGAAGCGUCUGCGCAACCUCCUCGUCGCCUCCCUCUCCAUCGCCGUCGCGGUGUUCGUCUUCCGCCCGGCGAUGGUUUGGGUCGUGAAGCGGACGCCUCAAGGUGGCAGCGUGAAGGCGGCUUACGUGUUCGUAACCCUAGCCGUGGCGACGUCGUACGUGGUCCUCUUCGACGAACUGAGACUGGCUUUCAUCCUCGGCGCCUUCAUCUUCGGCCUCAUCAUCCCUCCCGGCCCGCCGUUCGGCUCCUCGCUGGUCGAAACCCUAGAGACCGUACCUCAGGCGCUCUUCUUCCCCGUCUUCGUCGCCACCACGGCCAUGAAGGCCGACCUCACGACCGUGUUCGGACCGUUCGACAACCGAGGGUUCUUCACCGCCUUGAUCUACUGGAGCGCCAUCGAGAAGUUCAUCGCGUGCUUGCUGCUCGCCCUGCCGUGGAUGCCGCUCCUCGACUCCGUCGUGCUCUCCCUCGUCUUGAACUCCAAAGGCGCGGUGGAAGCCUCCAUCCAUGCGUACCAGAGGGACACGCAGAUGAUGGGGCUGCAACUCUACUCGCUGUUCCUCCUCUCCAUCUUGGUCAACGCCACGGUCAUCCCGGUCCUCGUCAGCAUCCUCUAUGAGCCGUCGAGGAGGUACGCGGGGUACCACUCGAGGAACAUCUUCGCUCUGAGGCCGGUGAGCGAGCUUCGAGUCCUGGCGUGCGUCCACAAGCCGCACCACGUGGCGUCGACGAUGAAGCUGCUCGACACGCUCUGCCGGACGGAGGAGAGCGCCGUCGCACUCUACGUCAUCCACCUCCUCGAGCAGAUCGGCCACGCGACGCCGAUCUUCAUCACGCACCAGAAGCAGAAGAAGUCGGAGAGCUCGGACUCCUCGUACUCGCACGACGUCGUCGUGGCGUUCGAUCAGUACGAGAGGAACAACAUGGGGUGCACGUCGGCCCAGAUCUUCACGUCGAUUUCCCAUGCAAAGUUCAUGCAGGAGGAUGUUUUUACGUUGGCACUCGACAAGCUCACUUCCAUUAUACUCGUUCCUUUCCACCGGAAGUGGGGGAUCGACGGGAGGAUCGAGUCCGAAGACAACGUCCUCAGGGCUCUGAAUUACAGGAUUCUGGACACUGCACCCUGCUCGGUCGGCAUACUCUACGACCGCGGCAGUCGGAAAGCGACCGCCGCGAUCGAGGUCGUGCCGCUCGACAGCGAAACGGCGCCGUCCGAGUCGGCGUCGUGCUCGAUCUGCGCGAUCUACCUCGGCGGCCGCGACGACCGGGAGGCCAUAAGCCUGGCCAAGAGAAUGGCGAACGACCCCUCCGUCCACCUCACCAUACUCUAUCUGGUUAGCCAACAAAAACUCGCCGCCGCCGCCGCAGCAGGCGGCGAGGCCGUGCUGGACGACGAGGUGGUUUUAAACGGCGUGCUAAGAGAGAUGUCCAACUUUCUGAACGUGCAGUGCUUGGAGAGAGUGGUGAGGGACGGGACGGAGACGGCGAGCUUGAUCGCUGCGGUGGCGGAUCAGUACGACGUUUUCGUCGUCGGGAGGCGGUGGCACAUGGAGGUGGAGUCGCCGCAGACGGCGGGGCUGGCGGAUUGGAGCGAGUUUCCGGAGCUUGGGGUGAUUGGGGAUCUGUUGGCGUCGAAGGAUGUGAGGACCAGAGGGUCUGUGUUGGUGGUGCAGCAGCAGAGGCAGCGGAAGUAGGGAGUGAAAUGGCAAAAGUUGUUGCCACCAAACAAUGUGUAUAUUGGGGGUUUUUGAUAGUUUUAGGUGGUUUGUAGUUGGUAAUGCUUUGUAGAAUAUUAGCAAUAUUGAUGAUCAAUGUUUGUAGAGCAUGUGUAAAUUAAUUACCAUUUUAUUCCCACUAUGUUUUCGUGGAAAUUAAAGGGGCCAACAACUAACAAACAUGAACUAGAAGUUGAAUAUAGUUUUUGAAUUUCUUGGAAUCACUGAUGAGUUGGUUUAAUUAUGAUAUAAUAUUGAAGUUUUCGGUGACCGAAAAAGUUUUGUGUUUGAAUAAUGAAGACGUCCUCCAAUGUUAUGCAUAUGGUAUUCGAACAUGUACCAAUUUCAAAUUUAUGAAUUGGUUUUUGUUUGAGGUUUGUGUCGGUAAAUGAUAUUUGAUACAUGACCCUUAUCAUCGACAAUGCUCUCAAUGUGAUGAUUCAACAUCUCCCUAAAGUAAACACAUAUGAGAAAAGACAACACACAACGAUGUUAGAUGAUAUCUCUGAACGGUUGGUUGAUCGGGACUAAUCCAUUAGAGAACUACUAGGGUAUUACAGGAGACACAAGGAUAUUUUUGCAUGUGAAUCGGCAACGAAAAACUUCGUUGUUGUAUGUCCAACUACAUGAGCAGACUGACCAAGAACUCAUUUUUGCAUAACCAUCAGUAAUCCCCAUCAAACGUUAAUGAGAGACAAAUAACUUUUCCCCCGGUCAAUUUUAACGGGUUAUAUCUUUUUUUGUUUUAAGUCAGUGAUUUCAUUGCAUAGGUCUGGGAUAUCAAAUUAAUUGUGUUCUUCAAAAUACCAUCAACUUUGAUAAGGAGACAUAUAUUAUCCGUUUAUAGUAUACCAUGGUACUUCGUGAUAGUACAUAAGAUUAUACAAUGGUUAUGGAAGUGUACUAUAGCGAUAUGAAUAUAUCAUAGUGUAGAAU